GUCCUGGUUCUCUUGACUCAGGACACUUGUGUUUUCUCCAAUGCCACACACCUUUCAGAAAACGAACAACUUGAAGAUUCGUCUCAUAAACCCCAAGAUCCAUAAUUUGGAUCAUGCUCUCUGGCAGCAGUUCAAGCAGAAAGUCAAGUCAGCUUCUGCUUUGCCUCCAAUCCGGGAAACCAGCAGCCACAGGAAGACCACCACUAAGGUGCCUUCAGGUGGCACCCAGGCAGUCUCUGCUCCGGAACCGGCGGGCCACCCUCCUUGAGCUCCGCAACCACCAGUAUCUGCUCACCAAGCUCAACCGGGACCUGGUGAACACCAUCCAGAGACAGGAGGACGACUCGGCGCAGAAAGUGGAGGCGAUGCUGCUGCAGCAGAAAAUCGUUAAGACCAUCAUCGAUGUCUUGGAGUACGUGCACAAGAAGAAGCUGCAGGAUCUGCAGAGUGAACUUCAGAAGAAGGAGAAAGAGGAGGAACUGAAAGUGAACCGCCUGGGGCAUCUGGUGGAAGAGCUGACAGCCAAUCUUCAGAAGACCCACAAGCAAGUAAGCUUCCUGAGCACCUACAUGGACCAUGAGCACCCUAUUAAGUCUAUCCAGAUUGGCAAUCUGGUGCGCCAGCUGCAGCAGAUGAAGGACAGUCAGCAGGAGGACCUGGAAGACCUCAGGGAGAUACAAAGCAAAGUCCUGCAAUCUUUGUACGACCAGAUGCACAAGAAGAGAGAAAAUAUUCUGCAUUCCCUAGUGACGAAAACCUUAUAUCCCUAUCAAGAGAGCCUUCUGCAAAAGACCAAGGAAAUUCAGCACUUUCUGAGUUACCAGGAGAAAUUCAGAGAGUCUAUUGGCGAGUUGGAGGAGAAAAUAUCCAAGUUAAGGGCUGAGGUGGCUCAGCUCCAGCAACACAACCUGGAACCAAGGGAGGUCCUGUUCCCGGACAUUCUGCUUCGGAGACCCAAGUGUACCCCGGACAUGGAUGUUGUCCUUAACAUCCCCAUGGAAGAAGUGCUACCCUUCUAGAUGGGGUGCCCUGUGUCACCCUGCCUGUCAUCUGCUCUCCUUUCACCUGGAGCUUCAAAUCAUUUCUCCCAAGAUUAUGUUUCUGGGAGGGGAGCAGCCUUUCUUUCUCCCUCCCUUUCUUCCU